GCGUCGCGGAGCCUCCCGCCUGCCGGUCCGGCGGCCCUUCCCGAGGCGCCACGGAGAAGAGGGGAGACCGCUGGCCGCCUGCCUCUGGGAGGAAGGAGAGCUGUGGGGAGGGGAGAGGGGCCCGAGGAACGUCCCUGCUCGCCGGGUUCUCGGUGUGCCGCGGUGUGUGUGGUAACUCGCCAGAGCUUUGCUGUUCCGACGUUCCGGUGCCUGGUGCCCCGUCGGCUUUCGCCAGGGUAAAGGAGCAGCCUCGCCUACAACACCCUACUUACGGUCAUCCCGCCUUUCUUAAGUGACUGCCAGAAACCAGACUCCAGGAAGUAAUGUUCUAAAAAUGUCAUUCAGCACCCAAAUAAAACCGAAGACUGCAAUACAGAAGAGCAAGGCAGCUCCUUUGUCAUGUUCUCCAGAAGCUGCAAGUAAACCACAGCCGAAGCCUAGUUACAAGUUGAAACCUAAAACUAUUGAUCCAUUUGGUGCUCAUACUCGACCAACUUCUGCAUUUGCUGCUAUAUAUGCUAAUGGUGGCAUUCCAUGCAGGUUAAUGCAUGGCUCAGUAAAGCACAGACUGCAAUGGGAAUGCCCUCCGGAAACUGUUCCCUUUGAUCCUCUUCUUGUAACUCUGGCAGAGGGUCUAAGAGAGACAAAACAUCCCUAUACGCUUGUUUCAAAGGAGGGCUUUAAAGAACUACUGAUGGUUGAAGGUGCUACUGAAAAAACAAUUCCUUUGCUGCCUCGUCUAGUUCGAGCGUUAAAGGCUGCAUUGGCCCAUUCAGAUGAUGAAGUAUUCGGAAGGGGGCUGGAUGCUUUAGUUCAAUUGAGUGCUGUUGUUGGACCGUCUCUUAAUGAUCAUCUUAAGUGUCUACUCACAAAUCUUUCAAGGAGAUUAAUGCACAAGAAAUUUAGAGAAAAAGUUACUGAUGCUUUACAAAAAUUGGAGCAGUAUGGUGGAAAGGCAACUGUGGCUAUCAUCAAAUGUAAAAUUCCAACCUAUUGUUCCAUUUCCUCCUGAACAAGAAGACUGUAGUCCUUUGCACUGUAAGGUGAAGUUUAGAAAAAAACUGCCUGUGAACAUCACUGUUACCUAUUUGGGGUAUGAUACAUUCUCUUACAAUAAUCACAAUUCUGUAGUAUGCUGGAGAGCGGGAAAAAUCCUAUCAGUUUGUGACUAUGUAAUUUUGGAAGACUGUUUCUGUGUUGGCUGCUAUUUGCAUAUGCGUUGUGAUUACAAUAGCAUUGACUAACUAUUAUUUCAAAAGCAGAGCAAAUACUGAUUCUUAUUUUAUUGUAAAUUACAAUUUCCUUUAAUUGAUCUGCAGCGCUUGAUGUUUUGUACAUUUGCGUCAUAUAAAAUAAUUUGGCUGUAGUUACUGAAAUAGUAACUAACGGUGUUAAAUGACAUGGAUACCUGCUUUUGUAACACCUGACUUCAUUUGUGCCACAAGCACAGAUGAAUACAGUUUAUUUUACUGGGUUAGAUUUAGAACUAUGACAGCUCAUCUAGAGUCCUUGUGAGUCAUUUUGUAAAGGUAUGAAGCUGAACGCACUGACCAGGUAACAUAUGGUGCAAAACUGAACUUGCUCAGUGCUUUCUCAGCGCAUUGUUUUGAGAAGCAGGCAAGGCUCUGGGGGGUACAGUGCAGAGGCAUCACAUUGCUCCAUAGAGCCUCAGCCCAGGUUUGGCUCAACUAGUCAUUUCCAGGCCUAUUGAAUGCGAGCUAGAUGUAGGAGGCAACUCUGGAGUAUUUGCAUCAUGAUUCCUUUGCAACGAGUUCUGUAAUGCUACAGAUGUGCUUGGGACUAGCUUGUGAAUUCAGUUUUGGACAGCUAAUAAACCUCUACAUGAGGAAGCCAUGAAAAAAACAUGAGCUAAAAACAUGAGCUAAAGACAAAGCAAAGACUGCAGUAACCAGCUUACCUGACUGUCAAGCCACGUAGGGUGCAGCGUUCAUCCAUGAAUGUAUUUGAACUUGAUUGCAAAAUAAUUCCUAACAAGUCUUGGUAUAAAUAAUGUUCGAGGUUUGUGUUUUUAUGGAUAUUUGACUUACUCUGUGAGGGAGAACUCACAGGUAACAAGAUUUGCCACUUUGUCCCAAGAGGAAAAUGCAAUUCUGGAAUUUGAAGUUGUUUGAAAGGGUUUUUUUUUUUCUCAUCAGAGGAUGCUGUUGCAUAGGGUAAUAAAAAAGUCUGUCAUGUGAAAGCAAUUUCAGAUUUUUGUAAAGUUACCACUGCUUGGCUAAAUUAAAUUUAUUUCAGGACUGUGCUGAAAUCUCUGCUGAGACCAGAACCGUGCUAAGUCAAGAUC